GGUUGAGCUGCGGUAAUGUCAGGCAGGCCCUCCCGCAAUGGAAGCUUUGAAUUGCCACUUUGCAGAAGCCCUCUGUCUUGGCAUUGGCGAGUAUGAACGCGACCAAUGCUUACCUCAGGCAGCUGCAGAUGCUGAAAACAUGGCAGCAGCAUUCAGAAACCUGGGGUGUUGCAAUGUAAUAUCAAGAACCACUCAGGAACCUUUGACAAGGCAAAAGAUUGUGGACCUUGUGUCGGGUUUCGUUCUUCGAACAAAGUUCCGAAUGCAGGACGCAGAGACAACUGGAUGGGGGACAUUGCUGGUGGCGCUUUUUGUGGCAUCACAUGGCAUGCACGCCCAUGCUAAGGAAUUGCCGUUGAUUGUUCCAGCAGACCUCACUUGCAGCUCCGACACGGAAGAACUUAUUGAUUUGGAUAGGCUUUUGCUGAAUGAACUUGCACAGGUAACACCUCCAAGACACAACCAGCGCACUUGUUGUGUUUGGAUUAUAUUGGAUACUUGUCGAUCAGGGCCCGUCACUGCUUGGCAGUGCCAGCCAUGCUGCAGCCUCCGGGAACAAAAUGCAGAUGUGCUUCGUGGCCCAUCCCCCCUCAAGACCAAGCUCACACCAGAUUUCCUCGUCCUUUUGGCAUGCGAUCGUGGUGGCUGGGCAUCUGAUUGCGACAGUCUUUCUUCUGCACUUGUAAAGUCAUUGCAACAAGACAACAUCAGCAUCAGGGAGGCAUGCGAAAAGGCGAUUGGUGCGAUCGAGCAGACUUCCCGUGGCCGCCAGAGGCCUUGGAUGCAUCAGCGGGCAGGGCCAACUUUUUCGAAUAUUCGAAAAGUGCUUCCUGCUCAGGUCCAGGAUCAGAGAAGCGUUGACCAGAACAACGAGGUGGAAUGUGUGCCAUCCUGGUUCUGGCUCGCCUUUGCUCUGGUUUGCGGGUUCACAAUAGCCUUGCUGGUAUUGAUUUGCUUCUUCAGUUUGUUUUACUACUUCAAGAUAACAGGGGCUGAAAACGUUGCAAAAGGCAAGGAUUGUCCGGGUGCUUCGUGUUUUUGCACAGACUGCAACCACCGAAACAUUUAUAGCAACGAAAAAAACAAAAACACGGACUUCUCUUGUAAGCUCUGGGAGGAGGGGCCUACACUCAACCGAUGCAGGAUUGGCCAGCUAUUGCACGUGGCCAAGAUUUUCCUGGCUCUUGCCAUGUCACGAAAGUCUGUGUGCAGGCUGCUUGGGGUGGUGCCGCCUUUAGGGAGGCUGCUUCGGAUCGUGCAUCGGGACGGAGCGACACCAUUGGACUGGUGCGUCGUUUUGGUGUCCGGCGUCAAUGUUCUCACUUCUCUCCCACUUCCACUGCAAGAACCCGAUCAUGUUGCUGUAGUCGCUUACGCAUACGGGAUUUUAAACUUUGCCUUUAUUGCUGCUUCAAUCUCGAUGCUGAUAUUGAUCCACGUUGAGUUCCCAGGCCUUUCGCUCUGCAGUUGCGGGCAAUUUGUUCCAAGAUUUACUUUUGCUUUUCUAGCAACCGCGCUGAUUGGGCAACUGGUGAUAUUUGGAUUGUCCCGCGCAAUGGUAUUUGUCAAUGCCCAGCAUGCCGGCAAGCAGGAAAUGUUGUUCUAUGCGUUUCAUGUGCUUACAGGAGCAGUCUUGGCUUUAGUUGGCUAUUUGAAAUCGAGAGGGAGCCAGGCUCCUGUUGCCAAGAAGUCUUACCAACUGCUUAUCGUGUCGCUCUGUUGGAUGCUUGUGGUGCUGGCAUGGCUCAUAACGAGCCAUUACAAUGAAGAAUUGAUGGCAGAUUACCACUUGUUGAGGGUGGUAGCAGAGAGAGUGUGUAAUUUUGGGAAGAUCCGUUUGAUGGUGUGGUUCUCUGAGCACAGCAUUCGGUGCACCCUUCUAAGACGUGGUUCUUUAGGUACAGCUGCAUGUAGGAUGCAUGCAGCCAAAGUUGUACUGGCCGAAAACUGUCAAGUUGAAAGGGCGAUGCAUGCCACCUUCUGUGAGAAGGAUCAGUUUCACGCGCUGUGAAUACAACAGCCAUUGCUUUUAGAGCUGUAGGUUGCUAAUGCUGACACGAGAAAUGAUGCGCCGUGUUGAGAA